CUGCGCCAGUCCUCAACUGAAUGGCUCCGCUGGUGCUACCGGGUGGUGUACCGACGGUGACUGCACCACUUCCGGACGUCGCAGCGCCAGCACCCGACAAAAGCGCAAUUGUGCCUCCCACGGUACCCGAACCAGCACCACCCGUCAGCUCGAUAUUGCCGCCAACUGUGCCGAGGCCACCAGUGACCGAAGUCUUGCCGCCGGUGCUGACAGUGCUGGUGCCGGAGGUCAAAGCAAUCGCACCGCCAAUUCCAGUCGCACCAUUGCCAACCGUCAAGGCAAUGCCACCCCCGGUACCUCCAGUCGCUGCGCCAGUGGAAAUUGCGAUGGCUCCAGAAUCGCCACCCGUGGAUGUUGCCGUAGCUAGUGUCGUCGUUCCCGAUGAACCACCUGUGGAAGUGCCACUCGAUAUUGCCACCGGGCCUCCAACAACACCUGCGCCACUCGUCGCCGUGAUCGCACCGCCAGUUCCAGUGCUGCCAGCGCCAACAGACAGAACAAUCGCGCCGCCAGGACCACCUGUGCCAGCUCCACUUCUCAGCUGAAUGGAGCCGCUGGUCGUGCCCGGUGCAGUGCUGACGGUGACUCCGCCGCUUGUGGAGGACGCAGCAGCAGCUCCAGACGUCAACUGAAUGCUGCCCCCGUAAGUCGCCGUUCCCGCGCCGCCAGUCAGUUCAACGUUGCCGCCUUCAGUGCCUGCGCCACCGACGAGGGAGCUUUUACCACCGGUUCCAACAGAGCUAGCGCCGGCGGUGAACGUCACACCUCCACCAGCCCCGACCACGCCGUUUCCGACUGUUCCCAGGAUCGCCCCGCCGGUGCC